UUCCCUUCUUUUCGGGGCCUUGGCUGCGUAGCAUGACCAGUAUGGGUGCCUCUCUGGAUACUCCUUUCAAAAAGACCCCUGAGUGCCCUCUCUGCUUGAAGGAGCGCCGGGACCCCACCUCCCUCCCGUGUGGACACUGUUUCUGCCUGAUCUGCAUCCAGGAAGUAUGGAGCGGUUCCCUCACAGGGCCGUAUUACUGCCCCGAGUGCAGGGAAGAGUACAGGAAGCUGCCUGCUUUCUGGAGACGCACAAGGGGGCCGUUUACCCCCACUGAUGGGGCACACAGACACAGGCAAUCCACCACUUCAGACUGCUCAGACGGAGAAAUGCCUUCCACCUCUGCAUCCUCGUCCAACUGCACCUCCCCCCCCCAACGCCUGGGAAAGCGCCGGGCCCCCUCCUUUUCCCGGAUGGAGGAGAGAGAAAGAGAGAGAGAGGCCCCUUCACCUCCCGUCUCUCCUCCUCCUCCUCGUUCCCCCACCACUUGCGCACCCUCCGCCGCUAGCCCCGGCGGCUCAGUUCGUUGCAACUACUGUCCCUCGCCCGGCCAGCAGGUGGCGGUGAAGACCUGCCUGGUGUGCGGCGCCUCUAUGUGCACGAAGCACCUGAGGUCUCAUCUGGAUUCGCCGGUGUUCCAGGACCACCCGCUGGUGGCGCCCACGGCGGACGUCUCGCUGUGGCGGUGCGCGGAGCACCAGGAGGCCAAGAAGAUCUACUGCCGGGACUGCGCGCUGUGCGUGUGCACCAUGUGCACGGUGAUAGGGGCGCACCGCAACCACGCCUGCGUCGGCGUGACCGAGGCCGAGGCCGAGCUGAGGCAUAACCUGAAAGACGACAUGAAGAAAAUGCAAGAGAACGAGCAGGUCAUCCAAAGCAGAGUGGCCGACCUCCAAACGAAGAAACAUGACAUUCAGGAGACCCUGAACCGGUCCCGGGGCGGUCUGCAGCAGCAGUACCAGGCCAUGCGGGAGGUGCUGGACCGGCAGGAGCUGCAGGCCCUGCAGUGCAUGGACCGAGUGGAGCGGCGGGCCCUGGGGGGCCUUCAGGCCCAGCUGGAGAAGCUCCAGGAGGAUCUGAGCUCCCUCCAGACCAGCCUGGACACUCUGGAGGGACUGUCCGAUUCCAAGGGGGCAGAGAGGGUCAAAGAACAGGCCUUUGUCAUGGAGUACAGCAAGAUAUCUGAAUGUGUGAAAGCCAUGUCCAGUCCUUUGGAGGAGAUGGAGCCCCUGCAGGAGUUAGACCAAGCCCGUCUGGGGAAGAUUGAGGAGUGGGCGGAGAAGAGGCUUAAUACACUCCUCCUGGCCAUGAUGGACCGGGAUGCCCUGCGACUGCUCUAUGGGAUCACGCCCACUCUGGAUCCAGACACCACUCACCCAAAGCUGGUUCUGUCAGAGGAGAACACCAGGGUCUCCCAUAGCGACGACCCGCAGCCCUACCCCGAGACGGCCGCCCGCUUCAGCACCUUCCCCCAGGUCCUGGGCGCCAGGGCCCGGGACGGGGGCCGGAGCUACUGGGAGGUGGAGGUCACCGGGGAGGGGCGCUGGAAGGUGGGCGUGUGCGACGCCCUCAUCGGCCGCAAAGGGGCGAAGGAUGCCUGCCGAAUUGGGUUCAACCCCCACUCCUGGUGCCUGUUCGGGGAGCGGAACAAGAUGGAGGCCCUGCACGACAAGGAGUCCUUCCCUGUGGAGGGCAGCAUCCCACAGAGGGUGGGGGUGUUCCUGGACAUGGAGAAGGGAAGCCUGUCCUUCUACUCCGUGCCUGAAGAGGGCGACCUCACCCUGCUGCACAGUUUCCAGCAAACGUUCACUCAGCCACUCUACCCCGCGCUGGCAGUUUCCAAAACGGAGCUGGCGUUCUGCGACCCCUUCCAGUGAACUGUGCCCUCUCUCUCUCCCCAGUAACUGGCUGUUUUGGCUUAGCAGGGAGAAAAGAGAGAGUAGGGGGCUUCCCCUUCUAAAUGCCCCUUAGCAACAUCGCAAUGCUAAAUAUAUAAUAUUUCCCCUAGUUAUUCUAUGUUUAUCUUAUGAAUCAGUAUGAUUAUCUUAUGUUAUUCUAUGUAUCAGUAUCUACUAAUUUGCACUAACACAACACUGAAGUACACUGCACUGAAUUGUAUUAUUUCUGUUUCUCCUUAAAACACAAUUUUUUAAAUAAGAAACGUUGCACUUACAGUAUACUGGCAUUAGACAUCAGAAUUAAAUUGAAGGCAGGAGGUUAAUAACAGCUUGUAUAAUAGUGCAGGUUAAAUGCUUCAGUCAAUAAGAUAGCCGUGUGAUCUUUAGGAUAAUUAAUUGAAAAUGGUAAAUGUUCUUAACAUACAAUUAUGAAAGUAUAAGUUAAAGCCAUACAGUGCAGAGUACCAUGCAGUUCUCUACAACUUAAUUCGAAACACACUUGCAAGAACAAACGGAAACCAACAAGGACACAGAUCUAUAGAGCUCACUUUAUUUCAGAAUGAAUGCUGAAAGUACAGACUGUGUGUGUGUGUAAAUGAGAUACAGGGCAGUUGGUUCUUGUACAAUCGAUGCUGAAAUGUGGUGCUUUCGACUCUAGCCAGACGUUGAGGGUGACUGACUACUCUGAAUAAAACCAGUACUCUGAAUAUA